AUGGUCAUGUUGCAUACGGCGGGGCGCACAGACCAAGUCGGAAACGAAAGGGAAGAGUCGCAUCCGCCGGCACUUCAUCACUACCUUUUUCGCGGUCUCUGUGCCUACCACUUACUCAAUUACCUCCUUUCACACAUCAAAAUGGCUUCCGGUUACGGUAACAAUGGUGGCCCCGGCCGCUGCUACCCCUUCUGGCAAGAGGUUCUUGGUUGCUACGUGGUGAACUCGGGCGAUGGUGCGAGCGGCAAGAAGAAGUGUGUGCCCGCCCUGGAUGACUACUAUGAGUGCCUUCACCACCGGAAAGAGGCUCUCCGCACCAUGAAGAUGCAAGCUGCCUAUCGCAAGGCUGAGGCCGCACACCCACGAGAGAACGCCCCCAAGGCUGAGCAAAUUCGGAGCUUGGGUCUACUUGGGAAGGAAGAGGAGGCAGCUAAUGUGCUGAGCCAACGGUGA